GAAUGCAACGUUUUAUAUUUACCAGAAAAACAACAAAUACAAUAGCACCAUUUGUUGAUAUUGAGAAAGGGAUUGGUGGUGGAGGUGAAGUUGAAAAAACAACAGAGAAUAACAACAAAGGAGUUAAAGCAAAAUAUUAUAAUGAAAAUUGUUUUAAAUUUAAAAGAAAAUCCCUUCGGAUACUCCAAAAUGUUGCUACUUUAUUGGAGGAUUGGUUAUUGCUUGCAUUGCUGGGAAUUCUUGUAGCUUUGUGUUCUUUAAUUAUGGAUAUGGCUAUUGAAUACUUGCAAACAUGGCACGUUUUCUUCAUAGAAAUUGUUCGAAAAAACACUCAGGGACAUUUAAACCUCAUCUCUACUUACUCUGUUUGGGCAGGUUAUAUGCUUAUAUUGGUUUUGGCUUCAGCUUUUUUUACAAUACUUCGAGGUGUUAUUCUCAAAGAAUUUUUGACUUUGAAAACGCUUUUGUCUAAAAUGGUUGGAUUAACACUUUCUUUGGGUAGCGGGUUGCCUAUUGGAAAGGAGGGACCAUUUGUUCAUAUCGCCUCAGUUGUCGCUAACCAAUUAAGUCAUUGUGUCCAUUCAAUUAAAGGUGCUUAUUCGAACGAAUCGAGAAGUUUUGAGAUGCUUGCGGCUGCGUGUGCAGUGGGGGUUAGUUCAACAUUUUCUGCUCCUGUUGGAGGUGUUUUAUUUUCAAUCGAAGUCACAGCAGCAUAUUUUGCAGUAAGAAAUUAUUGGAGAGGCUUUUUUGCUGCAACCUGCUCGACUGUACUUUUUCGAAUACUUAGAGUGCUUUUAGUUGAAACUGAAGUUACCGUUACUGCCUUCUAUCAAACUCAAUUCCCUAGAGAUGCGUUUUUGCCGGAAGAAUUACCAAUAUUCUCUAUUGUUGGUGUUAUUUGUGGUUUUGUUUCAGCAGCAUUUAUUUUUCUACAAAGGCGUUGUGUUAUUUUUCUUCGAUAUAAUUCAAUUUCAAAAUUUUUUCUUCAUAAACAUUGGUCAAUAUAUCCAAUACUUAUUGCAUUAAUUAUUGGAUCUAUUACGUACCCUCAAGGAUUUGGACAAUUUUUGGGAGGAGAGAAAAAAUUUAUGUAUGCAGCAAAAGAUUUUUUUGCUGACUGCACUUUUUCACUUCCCAACAACAGUAAUCGUGCUUGUCCGGAACAAUUAAUUUCUUCUUGGUCGAGGGAAGAUUAUUACACUCAUUUUACGACGUUGCCCAUAUUUAUUGGAGUUUAUUUUAUUUUAACAAUUUUGGCAAGUACACUACCCAUUCCUGCUGGAAUUUUUGGCCCGUCUUUUGUCCUUGGUGCAGCUAUUGGACGCUUUAUUGGAGAAAUUAUGGCCUCAUUGUAUCCAAGCGGUCUUCGGGGUCCAAACGAUUUACAAAUAUUCCCUGGGGUUUAUGCAAUUGUUGGGUCAGCAGCGUUAACUGGAGGAGUAACUCACACAGUUUCUGUGGCAGUUAUUGUGUUUGAACUGACUGGACAGCUUUUACAUAUUUUGCCUGUUAUGAUUGCUGUAUUAAUCGCCAAUGCAAUUUGCUCCAAUUUACAACCUUCCAUUUAUGAUUCUGCCAUUAAAUUGAAACAAUUGCCAUAUUUACCUGAUAUUCCCCAAACCUCUUCUCGUUUUCAUGGAAUUUUAGUCGAACAAUUUAUGACUUGUGAUAUUAAAUUUCUUUCAAAUGAAACAACAUAUGCUGAAAUGCAAGAAAUUUUAUUUGAUAACCCGAGGCUUAAAGCUUUUCCUAUUGUAGAGAAUGAAGAAACACGAAUAUUAAUUGGUUCUUGUAGUCGUUCCCGACUUAUUAGAAUAUUAAAUAAUCAUGUAGGCCCAAUUACCAGAAAACAAGAAGCAAUAAAAAGAAUAAAUACAAUUGAUAGAAGAAAGAAUUCCCAAACAACAACAAAAAAAGAAUCUUUAAUUUUGUCGCCUUCUUCAAAUAUUCCCCUUUUAAAAUUUUUAGAACCUCCAAAAGAACAAAAACAUUCAAUUGUUGAAUUAACAAAAACAAAAUCUGAAAGUUUAAUUGAAGGGAAAGAAGAGGAGGAGGAAAAUGUUAAUAAUAAAAAUAAUAUUCUCCAACAAAAACAAAGUUUGCAGCAACUAUAUUUAAAUCGUUUAAAUAAACCAUCAAUGUCUGUUAAACGUUCAUUAACUAUUCCUGCAAGUUUAAGUCAUUCUUCUAGUUAUAGUGAUGUUUAUAGUACUAUUGGAGAUAUGAUUAGAACAUUGUCAAGGUUCAGUCAAAGAUUUAGACGUGGCGUUGAUCAAAAUGGCGAGAUUGAUUUGGUGGGAGAUGAGAGAACAAUUUGGGAACAGGAACAAUUGGCUAAACGAGUUGAUUUUCGUUCUAUUGGAAUUGACCCGGCCCCCUUCCAAUUAGUAGAAGAAACAUCACUUUUUAAAGUCCACUCAUUAUUUUCAAUGUUAGGAUUAAACCGAGCUUAUGUCACAAAAUGUGGUCGUUUAGUUGGUGUUGUUGCUUUGAGGGAUUUGAGACUGGCAGUGGAAUUAAUUCAAUCAGGAGAUUUAAUAGCUAGGAAACCUUCAUUAAUUUCAACAGAAAGUAGUGAAGAAGGAGAAGAGGAAAAUUUAAGCAAAACUUUUAUUUCAAAUUUAGAAGAGGAAUGCCCAGAUAAAAAUGAUUUUCAACCUAAAAAUGAAAUAAUAGAGAAGGAAAGUAUUAAAUUGCAAACACAAAAAGAAGUUGUUGGUAGAACUACAAAAGAAGUAUUAAAAAAUAAUGAAAAUAAUGUUCCCAUUUUUGUAAUUUCAACAAGUGAAGAUGAAAAAUCAAAUGAAGAAUUAAAAGAAGAACAAGAAGCUUUUGUGGCUAGGCAAUUCUUCCCCAACUUCAACACCUUCAUGUUCACCCUCCUCUUCCCAUUCAUGUUUACGCGGUGCCAACAAAAAUAAUAAUAAUAAUCCUCCCAGUCCAGUACGCAAAGUUCGUAUUAUAUCGCCACUAAAUUCACCAACGGAAGAAGAUUUUUGUGAUAAAAAUAAAAAAUUUCCUCCUUCAGAAAAUUCUGAUUGAGAUUUUUUUAAUUUUAGAAAAUUUUUAAAAAUUUUCCACUUUCCGGAAAGUUUUUUGGAAAAUUUUUGUAAAUUUCCUAAUGUCUUAAAAAAUCAUUUUCAUCCAUUUUUUGUUUUUUUUUUAUUCUUGUUAUAUUCAAAACGAGUUUAUUAUUAUUUUUGCAUUUUCUGUAGCUUUACUUUAAAAAUUGUUCUUCUU